AGACCUUCUGUUGGGUCUUCCUUCCAAGGGAGCUAUCGAUCAUCACAUCUCUCUACUACCUGUUUCAGAACCUACCCUCCGUGCUACCUACUGGAUGAGUGCUGCUGAGCUGCAGGAAGUCCAGAAGCAGUUGGAAGAGCUUCUUGAGAAAGGCUUCAUCCGAGUAAGCUCCUCUCCUUAUGCAGCACCGAUUCUCUUUGUGAAGAAAACUAAUGGUAGCAUGCGGAUAUGCAUAGACUAUCGUGCACUCAACAAGAUCACCUUCCAGAACCGCUACCCCCUGCCACGUGCGGAAGAUUUUUUUUAUCAACUUGGCGACGCCACAAUUUUUAGGCAAGUUGGACCUCAAAAGUGGAUAUCAUGAAGUUUGUGUCUCUGGACGAAG